GACAGGAAGUAUAGGGAGAACUACAAGUACCAGCUGGCAGUGCGCUAAAAGGUGACGCGAUCUGUCUCCCGGAAGUAUCUGUGCGUGAAUCUGACAUGGCCGGGAGAGGUUUGCUGAGAGUCGCAUGUACACUGGUACGUCCGGCAUCUGUCAGAACGUACGCUAAAAAACCUGUUGUGAAAAGUAAAGGUAAAGGAGCAGUGAAAGAGGUUUUGAAGGGGCCAGAAUUAUGCAGAGACCCAGUAAUACUGACUACACAUGCUGUUGGGGCAAAUAUCUUUAAGACAGGGCCUGAUGUGAAGCUGAAGGAGGACUCUGAGUAUCCUGAAUGGUUAUUCCAUUUGGAAUUGGGACCCCCUAAAAAACUAGAAGAGUUGAGUCCAGAGACACCACAGUACUGGAGGCUUCUUCGUAAGAUGCAUAUAUGGAGAAAUAACCGCCUAGACAAGACCAAAAAACUGUGAUGGAAAAUAAAAGCCGCACAUUUUCAUUUUAUCUAGUCUGCUUUGACAGUUAUAUAAAAAAGUUUAAAUAUUCCGAAACUUGAAAUAAAUUAUUUCCACUUUUUGUAUUAAA